AUGGUCUAUAUAUCCUCCUCAACCACGGCCGCCGUGAACCCUAUAGCCUCUGAACCAAAACUCAACAUCAAAGAGCUCUAUUCCGCUCUCGUUUACAAAGCGCGCCACCCUGAAGGGUUUGUCGCGGCUAUUGAAAGUUCUACGAUAGAGCAUGAACAUGCCACUGGGUUAACGCGGCGUGUUGUGUUCAAGCCGGGGUUUAUGGGGAAGGUUGAGAAGCAGGUGGUCGAAGAGGUUGUGGAAUUUUUUCCGCCAACGAGAGUUGAUUUCAAAGUCCCCGCUACAGGCAUGCAGGUGUCGAAUGUGAUUUCGCACGAGGCCGACAAGGAAGACGAGCUAUACCUAACCUUUUCGUUUGAUUUCCCACAUCCAGGGAUCACGGAUAGGGAAGCACAGAAAGACGAGGUUGAAGCACAUCAGGCAGAGGCAAGAAAGGGCGGAUCGAAGGUGGUGCCGCAUACGAUUGAGGUUGCGAGGCAAAUGAAGAUUGAUGGAGAAUUGUAA